CUAUUUAUCACAGGUAUCGAACUCGCCUGAUCUGUUUGAUCCUCUCAUCGAUUUCUUCAUCGUAAUCACCGUUCUAGAUAAGAUCCCCUUGCUCUCCUCACGAUUCGUCAUCUCCAUUGAACUAAAUCACCUCUAGAUUUUAGAUCUGCCAUGGACUUUCCAGAGAAUCUGCCAUCAUCAGAUAUAGGAAGGUUAGAGCAGAUCGUAUCUCACAUCUUCCCAAAGGCACUACACAUCGUCCUCGACUCCAGAAUCCCUUCCUUACAAUCCCACCGCCGUUCCCGCGAGCGUCUCAACCCCAAAAAGAGCGAUAAAUGGUUUAAUCUCAUUAUGGGAGACCGUCCCGCUGCGUUAGACAAGUUACAUUCAUGGCAUAGGAACAUCCUUGACUCAAUGAUCAUCGACAUCAUCCUCGUCCAUCCCAUUCCCAACGAGGAUGACGAUUCCCUUAGAUCCGCUGAGACUGUGAUCGAGCGUUGGGUUGUUCAAUACGAGAAUCCACUUAUCAUGUCUCCUCAGACCUCUGAUCCUUCCACUACCCGUUACCAGAAAGUUUACAAGAAAGCUAUCAUUCUGUUACGUUCUCUCUAUGCUCAGACCCGCCUUCUCCCUGCCUACCGUGUCUCCAGGCAGCUGAGUUCGUCUCUUGCUUCUUCCGGUUACGAAAUGGUCUACAAGGUCUCCUCCUUCUCUCCUCCUGUGACUGAGACCAUGAAGGAGUUUCGGUUUUCCCCCGUUGAAGUGCCUCCUGGUCGUCUCUGCGCCUCUGUUACUUACCGUUCUGACUUAUCCGACUUCAAUCUCGGUGCUCACAUCACAUUGCCUCCGAGGAUCAUAACUGAUUACGUCGGGAGCCCCGCGACGGAUCCUAUGAGGUUCUUCCCUUCUCCAGGGCAAAGUCUUGAAGGCACUUCUUUUCAAGGUAGAGCUGGACGGCCUCCGCUGACUAGCUCUGCCUCCGAACGUCCUCAUAGCUGGACCAGCGGCUUUCACAGACCUCCCACACCUAACCAGUCUUUCUCCCCUCAUGAUUUCCACUGGUCACGUACUGAUGGUGGUGACAGUCACCACCAGCUUUCACCUCCUUUUUCCCCCUCAGGCUCUCCAAGAUACGUUUCGGGGAGUAACAGUCCGAGGAUUAAUGUCAGGCCUGGGACUGCUCCAGUGACUAUCCCUUCUUCAGCUGCGUUCAAUAGAUAUGUUUCUUCUAACUUCUCUGAGCCAAGUAGGAAUCCACUUCCUCCUUUUUCCCCUAAAAGCGCCAGACGCUCUCCUUCUUCCCAGGACUCUUUGCCUGGGAUUGCUUUGUACAAGAGUUCCAGAAGCGGAGAGUCCCCUUCCGGAUUAAUGAACCACUACCCUGGCCACAAGCUGACAAAGGACAGUAAAUACGAUUCAGGCCGGUUCUCUGGACUACUGUCUUCAAGUGGCUCACCAAGAUUCGGGUUUUCUAGGAGCCCCAGUAGAUUAUCUUCGGAUUUGGAAGAUCCUGACUGUUCAUGCCCUUUUGAUUUCGAUGAUGUUGAAGAGUCAGGACUUCAGUACAGCCAAAGUCUUGACCGGAGGAAAACUUCAAGUUCUAUAUCACAGUCGUUACCUAUAGGCAGGAAGUCACAGGACGCAGCGGUUGGAGUCCUGGUUCAGAUGCUGAAGACAGCACCGCCAUUACGACAAGACUCAAGCACUUACAUGGCGUCAAUGUCUGGGGUUCAGAGAGAUGGUAGUUCUGUGUCAGGUACAGAAUCUGAAUUUUCGAUGGCUCGAAGUACAUCAGAUGCACUAGAGGAACUGAGAAAUUACAAGCAGCUCAAAGACUUGCUUCUCUCCAAAUCCAAGAGUGUUGGUGGAGCAACUCGUGUCCACUGAGCCAAAACCAAAAGAGAGCAAUCAAGAUAUGAGUUAAACUUUUCAAUGUUUGUAAAUAUUGAUUUGAUGACGAAUACUUUAGCUCAUGUGUUUUAGUUUAUGUUAAAGAACCCUUGAGAAAGAAAAAAAGAGUGUAAAAUAACUUGUCUUUCAAUAUGUACAUAGUACUAAUAAAGUUUGAAAUCUUUUCAUUUCAACAUUGUUAAACCUUUAGAGAUGUCUUUGGUAAGUUGAAGAACAUCGACCUUUGUGAGCGUUACCAAUGAAAAAGUUUGAUGUAAUAAUGC